UCUCUCUCUUAGUCUCUUACGGCUCAUCUCUCUCAGACUCUCUUUAGUCCUCUCUCAGUCUUGCUCGAUAAUCAGAGAAAUUUACGGCAACUUUCAAUUGUGAAGGUCAUUAUUCUGUGGUUUAUCAAGGAUUGGCAAUGGAGUGCAGCAAAAGAAGUUUGUGAUACAUUAAAACUUUUCUACCAUAUCACUGAAGAAUUCUCAAGGACUCAAUAUCCCACUUCUACUCAAUACUUAUCUAAAGUUUGUAAUAUUAAGCUAGAAUUGGAAGCAUUGGUGAAAAGUUUAAAUCCUUUGAUUAGAUCUAUGACAUCAUCAAUGUUGUUGAAAUUUAAGAAAUAUUGGGAUGAAGUACAUAAUUUGAUAGGUGUAGCUGCUAUCUUAGAUCCGAGGUAGAAGAUGAGGUUGGUGGAGUUCUAUCUUACACAUAUUUAUGGUGGAGAAGCUGCUUCAAAUAAAAUUCAAGAAGUUCAAAACUAUUGUGUUGAUCUCUUUCAAGAAUAUAAGAGUAGAGGAGCUGAGUCAUCCCAAGCAUCUAGUUCUAGUGAAGUUGUUGGUCAUGUUGAGGAUGACCGACUGUCAAGUUUUGAAAGGUUUAUCGCGUCUAGUAGCUCGAACGUGGAUACAAGAUCAGAAUUGGAUUCUUAUUUAGAAGAAAAUGUGCUACCCCACACGCCAUCAUUUGACACUUUAAGUUGGCGGAAAACAAACGUAUUAAAAUUUCCUACUUUACAAAAAAUGGCUCGUGACCUCUUACCCAUUCCUGUCUCUACCGUUGCUUCAGAAUCUGCAUUUAGUACUAGAGGGAGAUUGAUUAGUCUGCAUCGUAGUAGACUUCAUCCUACUACUUUGGAGGCUUUAAUGUAUACUCACACUUGGUUAUGGAAUGAAAUAAAUGGUUUGGCUUCAACGGUCGACAAAGUUUCAUGUCCAACAUUACUUGAAGAAGAGGAAGAGCCGGGUUCAAGUGGUCGAUAGAAGAGGAAGAGAAUGUCAUUUGUUGAUAGAUUUUGUUGAGUAUAUACCAUUAGACCUUGUUGUCUUGCUGAACAGACUUUGUAGUUUGUUAAAGCUACUGCUCCUAUGCCUCUUUAGAUAUGUUUUUGCUUCAACACUAUGGUCUAUGGUCCAACGUUGUUGGUUCUGGCAUUGAGUUCUAAUUCCGUAUCCAUUGCUUCAGCAUCUCUUUUAUUCUA